ACAAAUUAAAACAGGAAUAAUGCCACUGCAGGCAAAUCUUAUUUUCAUCAUUCUUCUGUUUUUUGGGAUGGCAUUGAGUGGGCUCAUUUACCUGAGCACAAACCAGAGAAGCUGCAGUCAGGAGCUCAUAGAACAAGUUUUUGCAACACCAGCGGCAAAACCAAAUAACCUUGAAAGCCAGAGAAGUUUGAGAACAUCGCCAGGGUUUCAGUACAAACAGCCCAGUUUGCUAGCAGGUCGGGCAGAUGUUGUUUCUUUAUCGCCAUGGCUAGCCCCUAUCAUUUGGGAGGGGACCUUCAACCCCACACUGAUUGAUUCUAUCUACAAGCAACAUAACAUCAGCAUUGCCACAACUGUCUUCGCUUUGGGAAAAUACACGCGUUUUCUCAAAGAUCUUCUGGAGUCAGCGGAGGAGCAUUACUUUGUUGGAUUUCGAGUCCAUUAUUACCUGUUCACGGAUCAGCCUGAAGCAGUUCCUGAAGUAAAGAUGGGUGAAAACCAUCGUUUGACAGUCAGAAAGGUCCCAAGUUUGGACCGAUGGCAGGACAUCAGUAUGGGCAGGAUGGAGAUACUGGAAAAACUAAUAGCAAAUGAACUGAUGCAUGAGGCCAACUAUAUAUUCUGUCUUGACGUGGAUACUAAGUUUUAUGGUCGCUGGGGAUCAGAGACUUUGGGUAAUCUGGUAGGAGUUAUUCACCCUUGGUUCUUUGAUUAUCCAAGGGAUUCGUUCACAUAUGAGCGAAGACCGGAGUCUAAAGCGUUCAUUGCAGCUGGGGAAGGUGAUUAUUAUUACACUGCUGCUGCAUUUGGUGGCACAUUAGAGGAAAUCCAUCGUCUCACCAAAACCUGCCGCGAGCAGCUGAACGCUGAUCAUGAAAACUCCAUUGAGGCGAUAUGGCAUGAGGAGUCUCACUUGAACAAGUACUUCCUUUACAACAAACCCACUAAGCUGCUGUCACCUGAGUAUCUGUGGCGGGACAUCAACAUAAGUGCAGGACAAAUAAAAAUAAUUCGCUUCUCUCAUGUGGCUAAAAACAAUGCAGAGGUUCGUCCAAAUGCAUAACAUAUGUUGUGAAUCUGUCAUCCAGCAAAUCUGACAACAGGGACGUUGCAUCUACCACAUAAAACACAGACAUGUACAAACAUUUAUGAACGUAAUGUUUGUAUGUAGCAACAGGAGCUUAUUGAAUGACCACAUAAUUAUUGGUAACUUUGUACAGUACUUCCCAUUGUUAUUGUCCAGUCAAACACAGCCUAGAAUUACUGAGGUCACUUACAACCCUUUGUUUUACCUUUUUGGUUUUAAAAAAGAGAGGUGAGGUAGGAGGUUUAGAAAGCAAACCAGCUAAAGGAAAAUUUGGUCUGAUCUGAACUUGAAAUCAGCUAAAAUUGUCUUUGUA